AGGGUUUUCCGAGUCACAGCUCUGCCCAGGCAGGUGCAGGUGCCGAGGAGUGGGAUCCCUCACGUCACCGUGCUCAUCUCGGGGGAUGGGGUGGGGUGUGUUUUCUUGACGGAUUUUUGCAACUCCCACCUCAAGGCGGAACGGAGACCAUGGCCCCUCAGGGCUCCCGGGCCCCGCUGGAAUUCGGGGGACCCCUGGGCGCUGCGGCGCUGAUGCUGCUGCUCCCUGCCACCAUGUUCCACCUGCUCUUGGUGGCUCGCUCCGGGCCGGCGCGCCUCCUGGGCCUACCCCCCUACCUGCCGGGACCCGAGGCUCUGUGGAGCCCCUGGGCGCUGCUGCUGUGGCUCACCUGGCUUGGCCUGCAGGCGGCGUUCUACCUACUGCCGGCGCGCAAGAUGGCCGAGGGCCAGGAAUUGAAGGACAAGACUCGCCUGCGCUACCCCAUUAACGGCUUCCAGGCCCUGGUGCUGACAGCCCUGUUGGUGGGCCUGGGGGUGUCAGCUGGGCUGCCCCUGGGAAUGCUCACGGAAAUGCUCCUGCCCUUGGCGUUUGUGGCCACCCUCACCGCCUUCAUCUUCAGUCUCCUUCUCUAUCUGAAGGCUCUAAUAGCCCCUGCUUCCGCCCUGGCCCCUGGGGGGAACUCAGGCAAUCCCAUUUAUGACUUUUUCCUGGGACGGGAGCUCAACCCGCGCAUCUGUUCCUUCGACUGCAAAUAUUUCUGCGAACUGCGGCCUGGCCUCAUCGGCUGGGUCCUCAUCAACCUGGCCCUGCUGGUGCAGGAAGCAGAACUUCGGGGGAGUCCCUCCCUUGCCAUGUGGCUUGUCAAUGGCUUCCAGUUACUCUAUGUGGGUGAUGCCCUCUGGUAUGAGGAAGCUGUUCUCACCACCAUGGAUAUCACACAUGAUGGGUUUGGCUUCAUGCUGGCCUUUGGGGACCUAGCCUGGGUACCCUUCACCUACAGCCUGCAGGCCCAGUUCCUGCUGUACCACCCACAGCCCCUGGAGUUAUCCAUGGCCUCAGUCAUCUGCCUUAUCAAUGCUGUUGGUUACUGUAUCUUCCGAGGAGCCAAUUCCCAGAAAAAUACCUUCCGAAAGAAUCCUUCUGACCCCAGAGUGGCUGGCCUUGAGACCAUCUCUACAGCCACGGGAAGGCAGCUGUUAGUGUCUGGGUGGUGGGGUAUGGUCCGCCAUCCCAACUACCUUGGAGACCUCAUUAUGGCUCUGGCCUGGUCCUUGCCCUGUGGGGUUUCCCACCUGCUGCCCUACUUCUACCUCCUCUACUUCACUGCACUGCUGGUGCACCGCGAGGCCCGGGACGAGCAGCAGUGCCUGCAGAAGUAUGGCCUGGCCUGGCGCGAAUAUUGCCGGCGUGUGCCCUACAGAAUUGUGCCCUACAUCUACUGAAGUGGCCCCACCCACCUCGACAGGGCACGUGCCCAUCCAUCUGCCAGUACACCCAGCAGCAGGAGCCUGGACACACCUAGGACUCAAAAGCCUGUACUCAAUCCUGCCCUGAGCUCCAACAGGCAGGGGUGAACAGCCUCAGAGAGGUGGUUUGGAGCAAGGAGAAUAUGAAACCAGU